AUUAUUUAAGUCUAACUGGUUAUGAUUGGCAUACUUAUAAUCAAAAUAAAUCCAUCAAAAUCAAUGCCAAAGUUCCCGGCAGUAUAUACACUGAUCUGAGAGCUGGCAAAGUGAUACCCGAUAAUCUCUAUUAUACCGAUAGGGAUGUCAAACUACGGUGGAUUUCAUAUGACAACUGGACAUAUGAGCGCACAUUUAAUGUUGAGUCUAGUUUGCUAAACAAACAAAAUGUUUAUCUCGUGGCUAACGGUGUCGACACAGUAAGCACUGUUCACUUGAACGACCACUUGAUUGGACAAACAGAUAACCAGUUUGUACGAUACAAGUUUGACGUACGAACGCUACUCAGGUCAGGUCAAAAUACAUUGCGAUUGGACUUCAAAUCGGCUCCACUUUAUGCCAGACAACAGUAUUUUGAUUUUAAACAUAAAUACAACUAUAGUGUAGGUCAUGAUGAUUUUGAUCCCGGUGCUCAACAUGGAGAAGGUUGGGUACAAUUUAUACGCAAAAUGCAGGCAUCCUUUUCAUGGGAUUGGGGUCCGGCCUUCCCAACACAGGGCAUAUGGAAACCAAUAGGUAUUGAGUCAUACGAUGGUGCAGUCAUACGGGAUAUAACAGUUGAAACAACUGCAAACAGAAAGACAAUACCCGUCGAGUGGACGCUGACAGUCAACGCGUUUAUCGAGUCGUCGGCCAAUCGCCAGUUGGACGCCGUGUUUGACAUCCGAUUGGACAACAAUCUGUUGGUCGCAAAACUACUGAAAAAACUAAAAACCGAUACCAAAGGAGAAGCUAAAGCAGUGUUUGUAAUCCCUAUCCCACAAAACAUGUCAAUUGAACAAUGGUUUCCCAAUGGUGUGGCCGACAAUACACAGAAAUUGUAUGAUUUGACUGUAAACCUAUUGGUACCUGAAGUCAAUGAGGUGUCAUCAACAGAGACCAGACAAAUCGGUUUUCGUACCAUUGAAUUGAUUCAGACACCCAUCAAACCCGAAGGCUUGACCUUUUAUUUUCGCAUAAAUGGAGUACCGUUUUUUGCAAAGGGGACAAAUUGGAUUCCGGCCAACAAUUUCAUGGAAAACCUAACGGAGUCCUAUUUGCGGCACCUGUUGUUGUCGGCCAAACAGGCAAACAUGAAUAUGAUGCGGGUCUGGGGCGGCGGUGUCUACGAGUCGGACCUGUUUUAUCGGUUGGCCGACGAAUACGGUAUUAUGAUUUGGCAGGACUUUAUGUUUGCCUGCAAUAUAUAUCCGCCGAAUCCCGAGUUUCUUGAAUCAGUUCACUGGGAAGUCGUACAAAACGUACGGCGACUUCAACACCAUCCGUCCAUCGCUCUGUGGGCUGGAAACAAUGAAAAUGAGUACGGAUUGGCUGGCGGUUGGUGGCCGCGAGCACCGCAACUGUUGGAUGACUAUCGGAAACUGUAUGUUCAAACUAUUGGCAAAGUGUUGGCCGCGGAGGAUCCGCAUAUGCCGUACGUGACUUCAAGUCCGUCAAACGGCUUGAUGUCAAUCGCUGAGAAUUAUACGGCCAAAGAUCCGUCGGACAACCGAUACGGCGAUAUUCACUACUAUAAUGACGGUUCAGAACUAUGGAACUGGAGGUCAUUACAGAGCCCGAAGUUUGCCUCAGAAUACGGCUAUCAAUCCUAUCCGUCCGUCGAUACAUUGAGUCUAGCGUUUCCCGACACCGAUCUGAUCUAUCCGUUGACUGCGGACAUCCAACAUCAUCAGCAUAAGGGCUCAUACAUGGAUGACAUAAUUAAAAAACAAAUUGGUUUCUAUCUGAGAGUUCCGUCCGCUGGUGGUAUCGAUCGGCUCAACGAUUUCAUAUAUAGUUCACAGAUAAUACAGGCGAUGGCCAUGAAAACCGAAACCGAGUUCUAUCGACGAAAUCGUCAAAUAGAUCCGACCAACGGUAAAGGAUUUACAAUGGGUGCACUGUAUUGGCAGUUGAACGACAUAUGGCCGGCACCCACCUGGGCGUCCAUCGAAAGUACCGGCAAAUGGAAAGUAUUGCACUCGUAUGCCAUCAAAUUUUUGGCCAAUCAUUUGCUGGUUCCCUAUGAGGAUACCGAUCAACUACUCAGAGUGCCGUUUGUUAGGGACGACUAUUUAGGACAGUUAGCAUUUAACUACUCGAUCAAUGUGUACAACUGGUCCCGAAAUAAACCUGUUCAUACAAUUUCUGGUAACUUUACUAGCGAUAGUUUUUCGGUAACCGAAAUAUUCAACCAAUCAAUACCGAAGCUAUUGGCAGAAAGCAAAUGUGACUCAAGAAGUGAUUGUAUCCUAUCUAUUGAUGUCCAGAACAGCGAUCAUAAUAUUCAGACAAAUAACUUUAUGCUAUUAACAAAACCAAAUGAAGCAAAGCUUGUGAAACCAAAUUUACGUGUCAUUGAUGUCCAGAAACGUCCAGCACGUGCCGACAAAUACGUGUUUGAUAUCCAUAUAAGUGCCGAUAGUGUGGCGCCGUUUGUUGUAUUAGACUUGAAACCUAAAUCGGGAAUCAUCGGCCAGUUUCUAGACAACGGAUUUUUUAUAUUUGACGGCAAUUUUACGGCCACUUUUCAAACAGACACCGAUAUCGGUGAACAACAAAUCAGAGAUAAUCUAAUUGUUAAAACAUUAACUGAUGUUAAGUAA